AUGUCGAUGGCUGUGAUGCUGAUGGUUGAGCUGCAGAGCAAAUUAUGGCAGCACACUCCUAUCUUCGUGACUGUGAGACGGCGUAGUCGCAGGACAAAACAUCACUCGACCGUUCCGAUUACAGUCUCGAACAGGUUUGCCCCGCUCAGUGACGCACCGACUGAGAAACCUGCUGAAAGUGCCCUAGUUAUCGGUGAUUCUAUUGUUCGGAACGUUAACAUAGAGGCACCAGCCACCAUAGUCAAAUGUUUACCGGGAGCCAGAGCGCCUGACAUCAAGUCAAAUUUAAAUGUGCUGGCUAAGGCUAAUCGUAAAUUCAGUAAGAUUGUCAUUCACGUCGGCACAAAUGAUGUUCGACUCCGUCAAUCGGAGAUCACAAAAGAUAACAUUAAAGAGGUGUGUGAGCUCGCAAGCAUGAUGUCAGACACUGUAAUAUUCUCUGGCCCCCUCAAUGCUUAUCGUGGUGAUGAGAUUUAUAGCAGAUUAUCAUCACUAAAUGGCUGGUUGUCUGAGUGGUGCCUGCAGAAUGAUAUAGUUUUUAUAAAUAACUGGAAGAGUUUUGAGGGCAGACCUGACCUGUUGAAACGAGAUGGUCUCCAUCCCUCCUGGGCUGGGACUUCCAUCCUGUCUAGAAAUAUGGCAAAAAGUCUUAAUGCUAAUGCUAAAACUUGACUCGCUGGGGCCCAGGUCAGGGAGCAGACAGUAUGGCUUAACCAACUGUCUGCUUGCCGUCUCACGUCGCAGAAUACACAAAAUGUACAACAUGUAGUAAUCCGUUCUCCCAAACAUCACAAAAUAGAGACUGUGUCUGUCCCCCGGAUUAGCAAACAUAAAAUAAUGCGUAAACCUCUUGAAAGUAAUUUAAUAAACGUUAAACAAACUAAACAUGAACAAAAUACAGAUAAUCAACUGUUACGACUCGGAUUGCUAAAUAUUAGAUCUCUCUCUAAUAAAGCACUUUUUGUUAACGAUAUGAUAACAGAUCAUAAAAUAGACAUGCUCUGUUUGACAGAAACAUGGCUAAAACCAGAUGAUUAUAUUGCUUUAAAUGAAUCUGUCCCCCAAGAUUAUUAUUAUAAACACGAGCCUCGUCUAAAAGGCAGAGGGGGAGGUGUCGCAGCACUUUACAAUAACUCUCUUAGCAUUUCCCAGAAGUCGAACUCUAAAUAUAAUUCUUUUGAAGUCAUGGUUCUUCAUGUUUCAACACCUAAUACUAAAGAUAAAACACUUUUUAAAUUGAUUCUAGCUAUUGUAUAUAGGCCUCCAGGGCACCACACAGAUUUUAUUAAAGAAUUUGGUGGGUUCUUAUCAGAACUAGUACUGGCCGCAGAUAGACUCCUUGUCGUUGGUGACUUUAACAUCCACGUAGAUAACGUUACAGAUGCCUUAGGAAUGGCUUUCAAAGACACUCUUAACUCCAUGGGCAUUAGUCAACAUGUGUCAGGACCCACUCACCUUCGUAAUCAUACUUUAGAUUUAAUACUGUCUUACGGUAUAAAUGUGGACGACGUUAAAAUCCUUCAGCAGAGUGAAGACAUUUCGGAUCAUUAUCUGGUAUUAUGUUUGCUUCACUGGCCUA